UUUUAAGGUUAAGUUGUAAAUACAACAUGUGAGAACUAUUUACAUUUCUUCGAAGCACUAUUAUAUUUACUCGUAAAUAUGGUUCGAAAAAAAAGAACAAGAAAGCCUCUCAAUAAUGAGGACAUUGAUGAUGUGGAAGACGAUAUCGAGGACGUGGAUAUGAAUGCUGUGACCGAUUCGGAAGAAGAAUAUACAGAGACUGAGAAGAAAUUGCUGGAGAAAGUACGGAAGCAGCGGACCACUGAAAAUUUCGAUAGUGACGACGAAGUUUAUGGGCUGCGAGAUGGCAGCGAGGAGGAGGAAGAUGAUCGGCAAGAUUCGAUGGAAUCUGACAUCGAAGGGAUGCAGGAGGAUGACGAUUUGCCGAACGAUAGGGCUUGGGGCAGCAAAACAAAAGCUUUUUACUCGUCAGACUUUAAAUAUACAGAUUAUGCCUCGGCACCUCAAAAAGACUUGGCCAAUGCAGAAAUGGAGGAGCAGGAAGGAAAAAGGCUGCAUUUAAGAUCAAUGGGACAGCAUUUGGCUCUUGAUGUUUCGAAUUUAAUUAAAAAUAAAGCAACUCAAAUCAUAGAGGACAGCAAAGUUGUUCAAGAGGACAGCAAA